AAGAAAAAAAGAAAAAAAAAACAGCUACAACCUCAUCAACGACAGCAAUCUUGAAAACAUGCUCGGUUGCAAUGAUUUUCUUCCUCUUGAGGAUGAUUCUGUUGAUAAGCUUACACAUGAUGAUGGGAUAGGAAUUGUUCAAAGGGUUGGCCCUGUGGAAUAUAUCAAGAGGCUACUAUUAAAGAGAUCUGCAUUGUGCAUCUCUUCUGCUGAGUUAGGUGUUGAUACCAAGUUAAGUAUGCUUCCAGAGUCCUCGAGAGAUUUGAGGCAUACCGGGGAUCUUUAUUGGCACGGGUAUUAUUAUAUGGAUGAUGUAUCUCAAACUGUUCUGCCACCAAAGCGGCAUACUCGGUGUGAACCAUUGACCUCAGUGCGGUGUGUUCACAAGCCAUGGGCUAUGCUCCAGGUUUUUUCUAUCAAGCUGAAGGCAUAUCUCCAAGAUAUAGGCAGUUCAGUCGAGGUAUAUGGUUUUGUUGCAAUCCGGGAUGGUGAGGAUUAUCGCCGAAACUAUCUUUUUAACCGACCCCAAGAUAACCCGGUGACUAUUAACACGACCAGGGACUACCUGCCUUUGCUAAGUCCUGUAAGAGGCAUGUCCAUGGCAUAUGAAUGCUUGAUUGAAGUUGAUAUCAGAAUAAAGGGAGACAAAGAAGACGUGACCUUAGUCGACGGGUGUUCCGAUCUAAUCGAGGGUCGAUGUAUAUACGACACAGAGGCAGAGUGCACAAUGGAUGAUACCAAUGGUGCCGCUGUUUUCGAUAUUGCCAUCUUUCGUAGAGCAUUCGAGGCGACUAUAGAGUUGAAUUUCACGGAGGUGCCUGCAGGAGGUAUGAAGGUGAAGAUAUGCGGAUACACCACAUUGUCGAAGAACCUCUAUUGCUUUAUGGACGAGCAGUGUGACUUUGACCAGUUCAUCAAGUCUGAUGGGAAACAUCCGCGGUACUUCGUAGCAGCCGUGCCGUUCGAGGAUACGCUGUUUCUUGACUUCAUGGAGGGAAAGCUGUCGGUUCCAUUCAAGGCAGCUGUUCAUGGCAGCCAAGAGAAAGAAUACCGGUUCCACAACGGCGCCGUGGUGUUGGUGACGGUUUCUUGGUCGAUGCUGUAUUACUGAUCACCUGACCUACACAGAAGCACGGUUUCUUGGUCGACGUCGUAUUACUGAUCAUCUACACAGUUAACUUGUAGAGUUGGAACUAUAUUUAUGUUGCUUUGCAAGAUUUGUCAUGCAUCAUUUUGUA